AUGGGCAACUAUUUGGGAGCUGAAAAGGAAGAAAGGUAACAUUUUGUACUUUUCUUUAUAAGUGGCACUUCAAUUUUUAAUUUUCCCAAAGAUCAAGGUCAACUGUCUCUAGUUUGAUUUUUCUUUUUUUAUAUGGUCAAUAACAGAUUUCUCGAGAGUUUUAUCAAAUCAAAAUGAUUCCGGUUUCUUUUUUUCCCAGUCAAACCAUUUCUUUUCAAAAUUAAAUCAAAAUCAAAAUCAUUUAGGUCAGAAUGGUAUUGACAGCAGACAAGGCUGAAUUUCAAUUUCAAAAAAGAAUAAAAGUAAAAAAAACAUUUUCCAGACAAACUGUGAUUUGUCGACGAGUGGAAAAUUAUCGACAUAUGAGUGUAACACCAAAUCAGGAGAACACAUCUCGAAAUGAAGUUCAGACACUGGUUACAAUGGGAGCUGUUGUUUUAAUUUUGACUAUUAUUGUGCUGAUUGGAAGGGCAAAUAAUGUGAGUUUGAGUUUUGAUUUCAAAUAUUCUUAAUCGUGGUUUUUGAAUUAUGAAUCAGGGAAUGUCCAGAAGUUUUGAAAAAUUCAGAAUCCAAAUUAAACAAAUUCUUGUUUAAUUAUAGCGAAUCUAUAAUUUUUGAAUUUAUCAAACUUAGAUCCCUAAACUCUCUUUCCAAAAAAUCUUCUCAUUUUCACAGUCUGCAUUCGGAGAUCGAGAAUACAUCCUUUUAACCCCAACAUUUUGGUUAUUCUGCAUACUUAUGUUUUCUGCACUUUGUCAAUUAAUUGAUGUAAUUCGAAAACGAAAAAUUCAACGGGAGUCAGUUGCAAAUGUUCAAUCUCUUCUCGUAGAGAUGAAUUUUCCUGAAUCAUUUCCUUGUUUAUUAGCUGGACCACAUGAUGAAUGUUGUGGUGGAAGAGGAAUUGUGCAAAAACCAUUGCCAACUUAUGAUGAACUUGUUGUGGAUGAUGAGGUUAGUGAAUUUUAACUGAAAAAACUUCGAAUUUUUUUAUAUUUCUAUGUUUAUGUGAAUAUUUCUGAAAAUUGUUCUCUCUUCCGAAAUUUUUUCUCUGAAAAUGAAUUUUGAACUCCAAUUUCAUUCAAUUCAUUAUUUUCCAGAAAUUAAAAAAAAACGAAAAUUUAAUAUUUUUUCUAAACGUGACCUCAUUUUUUUUUUCAUUUUCAGAAUUUUUAAAAAAUUUUCAAUAUCUGAAAAAAAAAUUUUGAAACGUGACCUCAAACAAACACCAAUUUUUCAUUUUCUAAAAAAUACUCCACAUUUUCUUUCAAUAAAAUUUUUUUCAGACUGCAAAACCACCAACCUACACACGAGCUCUCACAAUGCUUCAAGAAAAACAACAAUUUUCCUGA